AUGGCGUCCGCCAUGCCCAAGUCGCUCUCCGCGCGACGCGUGUGGUUCGACCAGUUCGUCUCGCCCGGCCGCGUGCUCACUGCGUCCGUGCUCGGACGACCAACAGAAUUACUGGAAUCGCUGUACAAAAUUGGCGUGAAACUAGGCCAGGGCCAAUUCGGCGUUACAUAUCUAUGCACGGAGCUGACGACGGGCAAAGAGUACGCGUGCAAGACGAUCGCGAAGAAGAAACUGAUCACAGCAGAGGACGUGGCAGAUGUGAAACGCGAGGUGGCGAUCAUGCAUCAUCUGGCGGGUCACAAGAACAUCGUGUGUAUCAAGGGCGCGUACGAAGACGCGUACGCGGUUCAUAUCGUCAUGGAGUUGUGCUCGGGCGGGGAACUGUUCGACCGGAUCAUCAAGAGGGGGUAUUUCAGUGAGCGCCAGGCAGCCACGUCGAUUCGCACGAUAGCGCGGAUAGUGGAGACGUGCCACUCGCUGGGCGUGGUGCACCGCGACUUAAAGCCCGAGAACUUCCUCCUCGCAGACAGGACGGAGAACGCCGACCUCAAGGCCACCGACUUCGGGCUCUCCACCUUCUUCAAGCCAGGCGAGUUCCUAUCGGACGUGGUGGGCAGCCCCUACUACGUGGCACCAGAGGUGUUGAGGCGGCGCUACAGCAAGGAGGCGGACAUCUGGAGCAUGGGCGUCAUUCUCUACAUCCUUCUCUCGGGGGUGCCGCCAUUUUGGGCAGACACGGAGCAGGGAAUAUUCGAGGCGGUGUUGAGGGGGCAGAUGAAUUUCGCCGUGCAGCCGUGGCCGUCCAUUUCCUCUGACGCCAAGCACCUCAUCCAAAGCAUGUGCUGCCUCGACCCCGCCCGCCGCCUUACUGCCUACCAAGUGCUCUCCCACCCGUGGGUGGCACAGGACGGAGUGGCGCCCGACCGGCUUCUGGACGCGGGGGUCAUAUCUCGCCUCAAGCAAUUCUCAGCAAUGAACAAACUAAAAAAAAUGGCUCUGCGGGUCAUUGCUGAGUCCUUGUCAGAGGAGGAGAUAUCGGGGCUGAAGCAGACGUUUGAGAUGAUGGACACGGACAGGAGCGGCACCAUCACGUUUGAGGAGCUCAAGGCGGGCCUGCAGCGCAUCGGAGCCAACAUGCAGGACAGCGAGGUGCAAGAGCUCAUGGACGCGGCUGACUUUGACGGCAACGGGAUGAUUGACUAUGGAGAGUUUCUAGCGGCCACGAUGCAUCUGAACAAGAUUGAGCGAGAGGAGACGCUGUUUGCGGCGUUUUCGCACUUUGACAAGGACAGCUCGGGAUUCAUUACAGUGGACGAGCUGCAGCAUGCUUGUAGGGAGUACAGCAUCGAUGAGGACUGCAUUGUUGAGACGAUGCGCGACGUCGACACUAACAAUGAUGGGCAGAUUGACUACAACGAAUUUGUGACAAUGAUGAGGGCUGGGAAUGGUGGCAUUGGUCGGAAAAGCCUGGGCGGUAGCUGGACCAGCGGGAAGCUUCUGAGGGACUUGGUGGAAGCUGCACGGCAGCAGCAACAACAGCAGCAGCAACAACCAGAACCCAUGGUGUCUUGA